CACUGUCUCUCAUCCAUCUCCUAGAUUCACACCCGACAGCAUGCCCAAGCCCACUCUCGACUACUCUCUUUACCUUGUUACCGGAAGGGAGCUUUUGCCUCCUGGAAAGGACUACUACGAAAGUCUUGAAGAAUCCCUUCAAGGCGGCGUUACUCUUGUGCAAGUCCGUGAGAAAUACGCCGACACUGGAGAAUUUAUUGAAGUAGCUCGCCGCACGAAAGCCAUCUGUGACAAGUACAAUGUCCCAGUCCUUAUCAAUGACCGUAUCGACGUCCACCUCGCUGUCGGCACUGCAGGCAUUCACGUCGGUCAAACGGACUGCCCUAUCGGUUUAGCUCGUAGCCUUGUCGGACCGGAUGCCAUUAUUGGUCUGUCUGUCAGCAACGUCAACGAAGCCAAACGUGCCAUCCAGCAAGGUGCAGAUUAUGUCGGGAUCGGUGCUGUGUGGCCUACCAACAGCAAGGACGUGGCCAAUAAGAAGAUGUUGGGCCCCGAUGGAGUGGGCGAAAUUCUUGAUUUGCUCCAUGGAACUGGCGUACAGAGCGUUGCUAUCGGCGGCAUCCAUCUUCCCAACGUCGCUCAGCUCCUUCAUGCUUCCAUUGCACCGCAAUCACGCAAUGCUCUUGAUGGCAUUGCCAUCAUCUCGGACAUUGUCGCCUCCCUCACUCCUCGCGAGGCUGCCACGAAUCUACGAGAAGUUGUUCAGUCUUUCAAGCGCGCGAGGAGUCAACUUUCCAACCUUGAAGCUGUAUACGGCACCAACUUGUUCAGCGGUCCAAGGGGUGUAGAUGGUUUUAUUAAGGAGGCCGUCCAUUUGAUGGACGUGAUUAAGAGGGAGACUCCAUUGAUCAAUCAGAUGACUAACAACGUCGUCAUCAACGAUUCUGCCAAUGUCACCUUGGCCAUUGGCGCCUCUCCUAUCAUGGCGACCCAUCCUCGUGACGUCCAUGAUCUCAGUCCCGCCAUCGGAGCUCUCUUGAUCAACUUUGGCACUAUUACGGACAAAGCAGGCAUGCUUGUGGCCGGCCGACAGGCCAACAUCAACAGGAAACCCAUCAUUUUUGACCCUGUAGCCAUCGGCGCAACUCCAUACAGGCAAGAAACGUCUGUCGAGCUCCUUUCUCACUGGCAGCCGACAAUUAUCAAGGGUAACGCUGGUGAAAUCGGGUUCAUGGCGAGAUCGACAGAAGUUGCCAGUCGAGGUGUUGAUUCCGUCGGUUCUGGUUUCUCUCGCCCAGGUGCUGUCGUCAAAGCACUUGCGCGAAAGCAGGCCGCAAUUAUCGUGCUCACUGGCGAACAUGACUAUAUCUCAGAUGGUUCAACCACUCUCAAAAUCUCCAACGGCCACCACUACCUAGAACGUAUCACUGGUUCUGGAUGUCAGCUUGGGUCGGUUAUUGCAUCAUUUGCAGCUACCGCAAGACUGGAGCAUCUGGCGAAGCACGGUGAAUGGGAGAAUGCGUCGCAGCUCGUUCAAGGUGAUAUGUUGGCUGCGGCUGUCACCGGUGUGUUGGUGUAUACCAUUGCGGCUGAAGUAGCGGCCGCUCGUGAGGAUGUAAAAGGGCCUGGAACGUUCAGAGCCGCCUUAAUUGAUGAAUUGUACAACCUCACCCCCGAGGUUUUGCAGCAACGAGCCAAGGUUGAGAUCUUGUAGAUUGUGUUACAACCCCCAACAAGAUUGAUGAAUGGAUCGUUCUCAUUAACCGUGUUGUGUACAU